AUGUCGUUGUGGAGUGUGCCAGAGGAUAUCAAGAAGAUACUGGUUGUCCCGCCGAAGAAAAAAGAGAACAAAGGAAGAGCCCAAGAAACUAGGUUUCCAGGUCCAGGAGAAAAACGUCGUCGUCGUCAUCGUCGUUGUCGCCGGCGGAAGAAGACUAGCAAUAAACCUAGACCUAAACAAGACUUAGGAAAAUGGACUCGACGCCAAGGAGAUGGGGUUAUUCGGAUAGUGAUGAGAGCUAUUCGGAUAGUGAUGAGAGCGACGGAGAUGGCUAUGACAGCGACGGAGAUGGCUACGACAGCGACGGAUAUGGUGAUGAGAGAGACGGAGAUGGGGGAGAUGGUGAUCAGAGAGAUGUUUAAGUUUCAUGCUUCUAUUUAG